UUCACCGUCACUGCAUUAGAAUCUUCAUUUGAAUAAGAAUCUUCCAUAGGAGAAAUCAGAGUCAGAGAUUUUCUCCAUAUUCCUCCACUCAGGUAUCAUUUUAAGAAACAAAAGGGAUAGGAUUGGUUUCAAUGUAAGGUUCAUCUGUUUUGGGCUUUCAGAGCUGGAGGGGUCUGACAUUCCUUCAUUUCCCACAUGGAGAACCUGAAUCUCAUGAAGGUAGGGGUGGGUUCCCUGCUGUAGGUAGACAGCAAAUUGGUGGCAGAGUUAGCACUAGUCCCCAGAUCUUGGCCAUCACAGACAACCAAGCAAUAAAAAAAUAAGGAGAUAAUAGUGCACUAUAGCCCCACAAAACUCCUGGGUAUUUCAUUCGAUUACUCCAGCUGAAAAAGGUGAUCUCUUUGAAACCAAGAAAUGGAAUAAAGCACUAAAGAAAGAGACGUGUUGCUGAUUCUAAAAUACCACUUGGACCUCAUGUGGGGAUUUUUUUCAACUUUAAAACCAAAGAAUUUUUUCUCCUUAAGGCGCUUUUGCUCUGUUGGCCAGAAACCAAGACUCUGAGCUUAAAAUCACCAAUUGCAUCCCCCCAGGAAGGAGCAGGGGAGCCAGAGUUGUAUUAUAUUGAAGUUGUUUCUUCUGUGCUCUUAAAUACAUUAGAGGAGGCGGGCUUGCCACUGUGGGCCUCCAGCAAUUGCAAUCACAAAAUUGUACCAGCAGCCUUUUUGCAUCUUGGCAUCCUUUCCGUUUGGAUGUAUGCAUGUAAGACACAUGGAAGUUAGGUGUGCUAAACUGGAUCUGACUUGAGAGGAAUCGUUUCUGAUGCAGAAUUGAGAAGUGACCACCUUAGUCCAUUGGGAAGGAACACAAAGCUCUCUGUUCUGUGUCUGGAUGGUCGUCUUGUCAUCCUCUCAAAAAUAGGACCCUCUAAAAUACAUGGCAUUAGUAUGAUCACCUGCGGCCUAGGCAUGUUUGAUGACUGUUCCUUUCAUGGUGGCCCUAGUUCUUGUUCUGGUAGUAAGUGACUCACUAUCAAGGAUUUAGCAGUUCCUGUACAUGCUCCUCAAUUAUUGUGGAGGAGGAUUCAUAUUAGUGCUAGUGGGGGCACACCCUUGUUUUUCUGCCUCUUUCAAUAGCUAGCAUGCUUAACUUUCUCUUAUUCCCUUCUGGCAAAGAACAGAAGAAAUGGAAGAUGGAACCUCAGUGCUCCAGAUGCCCAUAGCUGUUCAGAGACAUCUAGGGAUGGUAUGAGGAACCUGGGAUGAUCUAGAACCCACCCCAUGUCCUUGCUGAUUCUUUUCUCUUCUUGGAAUGGUCCUCUUCUCUCCCUUUUCUCAUUUUCCCUUGUAGAUAUCAUCUUCAUCCUUCUAACAGCUCCUUCUCCAGGAAGCUUUCCUUAAUCCCUGCUCGUCAUGGUCUUGCCCUCAACUGCUCUUCUGACAUCAUUAUCCUCCUCUUAUGCACUUAUCUUCUUUCCCUUAUUUUCUCCCCUGACAUGCCUUAUCUGGCCCCAACAGAUUGUAAACUCCUUGAGGACAGAGUUCAUGUCUUAUCUGCCUCUCCCUCGCAUCUGACACAGUACACUGCAUAUAGCAGUAUUAAUAAAGAGUGGUGAGUGAGGUGCGGACUUCUUAAUUGCCAGUUAGUUCCUAUAUAAACUAGGAUGGCAGAAGGUUGUUCUAUGGCACGAUAAGGUUCUGGUUUGGUUGGAAACCAGGCUUUUUUGUCACCUCCAUUUGUCUUCUGUUGCCUUUCCCUAUUGACUUUAGUUAAGUCCUCAUUAGCCAUCUGAACAGAGAAAAAGACUUUGUUUUCCCUUUGUAAAGGCAGCUCAGCCAUGGAACAACUUUACCGAUUUUUAUCAACGACUUCUUGCAGAAUUAGCAACGCUCUGACUUGAAACGACACGUUGUGUUCAGAAUCUCCAAUAACUCCAGUGAUUUAAUUCCACUACAUCCCCCCUCCCAAGCAAACAUGCAGAAGAUUUGAUAUUGACAAAUAAAAGAUAAUGUACUGUGAAACUGACAAGGCAGAAACAGCGGGAACGCGCAGGAUUUCUGCUCUCUUGUCGUUGUACGAUGAUGGAAAGAGUGCCGAAACCGUAACACUAUGUGAACUAGAACAAUAAGCAAUUUAGAUCGUAGUAGCCUUCCUUCAAUUUAUUUAGUACAGCAAAGACUGAUUGUUCCAUGGUUUGGAAAUGAUUCUGUAAAUAACACUGAAGAUAUUGAUGAGCCUCCCUCUAGAGGCAGCGCUCAUGGAGCUUAACCCAUUCUUUCAGAAGCAAAGGUCCUGACGGAACGAUUGCUAGGUCUCCCGUUCAUGGUGUGGAGGCUGUUCAGUAAAGCCCUCUCUGGCCACUGUGGGCAUCAGGUGAUUAUCUUUGACCUCGGCCUGUCCCAUUUGUAUCUCUUCCUGGAAAUUAAUACAGCUCAUCAGUAAAGUCAUCCAUUGCCCCAGUACCGUUCUGGCCUUAGUCUUUGCUUUCUUGUCAUCUCCUCACAGGCUUUUAAACCUACUAGAGGCUCCAAAUCCUCUCAACAUCCACUGUACUUUGACAAAAUCCAUUGACAGGCUAGUAGAACCAAAAGUCCUGUCUUGGGGGUCAAACAAGUGCUUUGAAAUCCUGCUUUUGCUGCUUACUACCCGUGUGGAUUUGGGCAAGUUACUUUGCCAUUCUGGUAAUUCCAGCUCUAAUACUUUUUGAUCCUUAGGGACAACAGCAGAGUGCUAGAGAGAAGGAAGUACUCAUGUUUUGUGGUGGCCCAAGACACUCUCAUGACAGAAGAAGACAGAAAACCUUACGGGAGAGAUGAUAAAGGCCUAAUGAGACUUGAGUUCAGUUCUUGCCUCUGCUACUUGUGCAUUUUGUGACUCUCUGGAUCUCACUUUCUUCAUUUCGAUUUUGAGGACGUUGGACUAGAUGCGCUAUAUGCUUCUUCUGUUUUUCCCAAUUCUUUUAAAAAUUCUGACCGUAACACACAACAGUUAAAAUGAACACAUAGUAGAAAUAGAAGGAGAGGAUUCAUACAUGAAAGAGCAUAUCUCUUUCCUGGAUUGCUUGCUUUUCCUUUAAGUAUGAUACAUUCAGAAUGCCACUUUCAAAGCUAUUUUGUCUCUCUGGGCAUCUCUAAAAAGUCUUUGAACUUUAGAUCUGUGAUUCUGUGAUCUGGUCAUGAAGAAAAGGAGAAUAGGAUGAUUCUGCCAUCUGGAUAAGUAGUGGUGAUGGUGACUGUGUGCUUGUGCAUGAGUGUGUUGGGAGGUGGGGGGUAGGAUGGAGAAAAAAGGAUCCCAAACUCCACUAAUAAUGAAGAUUUUAACAUACACAUCUAUAUAUGUUUGUAUAUGUUUACUGUGUGUGCGCAGUAGAUAACCUCCUAUAUAUCAGUAGCCAGUAAGGGUUAGCCAUUCAGUGUUAGAGUGAAGAUAAUUUUCUUCUAAUGAGCCUGGGAAUAGUCCUCAACACAAUUCACAAUGAUAAGAAUGAGAUUGGUUUAACCAUCCACACUGAACAAACAAAACAGGUAAAGAAUGCUUAUUGACAUCCUUAUUGACUGGAAUGCAACUAGAGAGGAGGCCCAUUGAGUUAGUCUUUAAGUGGUUGUGGGACUGCUGCAAACUAGACUUAGAAUUGAUUAGGAAGUGGAGGAGAGAAGGCUGGCUUGCAUUUGAGGAGCUGCACAUCACUUUCAGCGAUCCCCGGCUAUGUAGAACCUUCUGUAAAGGCCCAUCUCCUUAUACCUGAUAAGCUCAUGUUGAUAGGUUUUUAAAUGUUCAUUUUAUUUUAUUUUUCCGUUAACAAGCAUUUCUUUCCUAACCGUUGGGGAAAAAAUCCUCAUAACCAAGGUCUUCAAUCCUAAAUCUCUUCAGGUCUCUGAACCUCAAUUUCCUUCAACAUAAAAAGAAGAGGUUGUACUACAAAGCCCCUAAGGUUGCAUCUGGAUCUAAGUCCAUGAUUCUGUGACUCAAAGGCUAAAAGAGGGACUAGAGGUCCAUUCUCUUUUUCAUUGAAUUCCCUCCAGAAUUGCUUUGAUUGCCCAGAUACCUUGGACAGCUCAAGCUAGUCUCACAGCUGUGAUGCUGCUGUGGUACCCUCACCACUACCUCUUCCCCUUUUUUCUUUCCUCUUCACUUUGUAAUAUUUGGAAAGGGUUUCUGAAGGUUCUUUAGGUAAGCCAUUAUUUUUUUAAUCUACUUAUACUUCUUCCCUCUGCUUCCUUUGAUAUCUGUUGAUAAUUACUUUGCAUCCCCUAGGCAGGCAGUUCCAAGUUGGGGACAAGAGUCUGAGCCAGCCUUUAGAAAUCUUGACCAUAAUGCUGAGGCUUUUCAAAUUUGAGGAUGCCACAAGUGACUCUCAUAUUGAUUUAAGUCACUGGGGAGACUUUGCAUGGAAGAUGUUGAUCCUUGCUUGCACAGGAACAAAAACGUGGUUUCUUUUUUUAAAGGUGGCUGAGUCUUUUUUGCUGAUUCAGUCAGUCCAAGUUAAGGCAAGGGACAUAAAAGGCCCCAGAACACUGUAGCAUAAUUGAAUUCCUGUGUCUUGCCAGCAAUCAGCAUAUAAAGUAGGGGCUAACUGCAAUGGCUUUGUGGCAAAGGAAGAAAGAGAAAUUAACUGUGAUUACAGAUCACCCACCAAAAUGAUGAUGACACACAGAUUCUGCAGCUUUAGAUUGGGUGAAACACAUGGCUUGGGGCAGCCUUUGCUCUCCUUGGCACUGGCUUGUUCUUUGUCUCAAGUCCUCAGUGAGAGAGCUGACUAAAGAGUGAAAUUAGGGGCUGACAGUUAUAUUCUGACUCAGCUCCCCUUUUCUUUUGGGGGUGAGGGUUUCAAACUUUCCACAUGUUUGAUAAGUCCUGGAAAAUUGAUGAUACAGGAUCUUGAUUGCUUUUUCUACCUAUAAUUUUCACUCUUGAAAUUAUUCUGGUAUGACAAAGACAGUCUCUUUGGCAGUAGAGAAUUCAGGGAGAAUAGGUAUGUGUUUAGGAAUCAAAGAAGGGUUUUUUUUUAAGUCUUGAAUUCACUUAUGAUCCCGUUUAGCUGUGUAUUGUAACAGAUGGUUCUCUUUCCCUCCUUGCCCUUCCCACUGCUAUCUCUCAAAACCCAUGGAGCAUAAUGUAGUCUUAACACCCUUAUUUUACAAAAGAGGAAAGUAAGGAUCAGAGAUGGGAAGUGACUGCAACAAGGUCACACAACUAGCUAAUGGCACAGCAGUUCUUGACCACAGAAUAUAUCUGCAGAUUACUUGGCCAUUGUUUAUUUCAUCCACCCUCCUAAUUUUUGCCACCAGCCUACUAUCCUCCCACCCCAUCAAUCAUUUAGCCAACAUUGCUAGAACCUUGCUUAAAAAUGUAAAAAAAAUCUUUACAUUGUUCUCCUUUCAAAAACUUCUGGAUGCCUUCCUGUUGCUGUUUGUCAGUCUAGCAUUUCAGGCUCCUGCUCAUCUUUCUGAUAUUGUCUUACUAUUCCCCUAGCUGAAUCUUCUCCUCUCAUCAAAGUGGACUCUUCAGUGCCUAUGGAACAUACCAAAGAAGUUACUGCCAUCAUGCUUUUGUUUUUGCUAGUUCCUUUUCUUAGGUUCCUUUCUUUGCCUUCAUCUUCUCCACUGAACUGACUAUUAACCAGACUUUAAGUCCCAUUUCCAUGCCUAGCUCCGCAAAUCCUUCCUGUGAACCUUUUUCCUACAAUGCCCUGCCCUUCCUCUGAAUUCUGAGAAAACUUAUUUUUAGUCUGUUCUAAUUGGACACUUUUCUACGGCUUUAUAUUUUUAAUUUUGAAAAUUUAUGUCAUUGCCUCUAUCUGCAUUUAAUUUAAUGCCCUUUAAAAUAGCUGAUAGACUUCCUGAGGACACUAUAACCAUAUUUAUGCUAUCUUAUAUAAGCAAGGGAUUUAUUAAUCAGCUCAACAAGAAUUUGUUAAAUCCCUUCUAUAUGCCAGGGAGUAUGUUAAACUCUGGGGUCACAAAGAAGCACACACAUACAUGUAGACACUAUUCCUGUCCUCAAGAACCAUAUAUUAUAAUGCUGGAGACAUUGGGUAAACAACUAGGUUAUGCCCAAGAAAUCUUCAACAAGAGAAGAUAUCUGAGGUGGGGUGGUGAGUAGGAAACACCUCUUGGAGUAGAUUGGAUUUGAGUUGAGACUUGAAGGGAGUUAGGGAAAUAAGAGGCAGAUUACAGGGGUACAGUAUUUUCAAUAUGGAGAAUAAUCAUUGCAGAGGUGAGUAGAUGAAAGAUGUAAUAUUGUGGUUGAAGAACUGUAGGUAGGCGAGUGAAGUUGGAUUAAGGUAGUGGAAGAGAGUAAAAUGUGAGAAGGUUAGGAAAGAUAAGAGGGAGCCAAGUUAUAAAGAGAUUCUGAUAUUGUAUUUGGUGCUAACGGUAAUAGGGAGCCACUGGACCUUAUUGAGCAAGAAGGAACAUGGCCAGAUUUGUGCUUCAUGGAAAUCACUUUGGCAGUUGAAUGGGGUAGUGAAAGAAUUGAGGCGUGGCAGCCAAUUAUUUGGCUGUUUCAAUAGUCUGGGUGAGAGAUGAUGAAGGCUUGGACAAGGAUAGUGACUGUGUUAUUAGAAAGGAGGCAUCUGAGAAAUGUUGUGAAGGUAGAAACUAUAGGACAUGUUGACAAAUUGGAUAUUUGAAGUGAGUGCGAAUGAGGAAGGAUUCAAGGAUGUCACUGAGGUUUUGAGUCCACACAUGCCUGGGAGAAUGGCAGGGUCCUUAGUGGUUAUAGGGAAGUUGGGAAGAAGAACUUUGAAAGGAAAAGUAAUGAGUUCUGUUUUAGACAUAUUGAAUUUAAGAUACCUAUGGGACAUCCAGUUGGAGAUGGAUGUUUUAGAUGGCUGAUGAAUUUUGCAUAUUUGGUGAUUGAUACUGCAUAGGAAAGGAGACCUUCUUAGGUCUCAUAGAAAAUCUGCUGGUUAAGUGCUUUUCCAUUCCUGGCUCAGAAAAUGAUUAGUAGUAGAAUUUGCAAGUCUUCCAGUCCAGUCAUGUGCUUUGGGAAAUUUAUAUCUUGAUUUGUGAGAACCUGUCACUGCCAGCAAAUUUUGGCUGGUGGAAGCGAAUGUAAAGAUUUCAUUUGAGACUGCAGUGUUGUUGCAUGGGGUUUGUGUGACUCCUCAUUAAACUGUCCACAGAGAUUUCUAGUGUCUUAGGAUAGUGGCAUUUGGAUCUAGCUUCUUCUCCUUGAUGACUUCCUUUUUCAGAGUUCUGUGACGUUACUCCCGGAAUAAUGUUCUCUUUCUCAAAUCUAAGUAUCUCUUGGCUCUGUGUCUUUGCACUGAAUGUCCCCUUUCUUUGAUCCCUGGAAUGUCCUCCUCCCUUACCUCUACUUCCUGGAAUGCUGAACUCUCUUGAAGACUCAUCUUGGGUAGCAUGUCCUAUAGGAAAUUUUUCAUGGUCCUCUUAGUUGACAGUCCUUCCCUGAAAUCAUUUUUGUAUAUGUUUUAUAUUGACUUAUUUGUCAGUGUAUGUAUUGUUUCUCUCUCAAUAGAGUAUAAGUUGUUUGAGGGUAGGGAGUCAUUUGUGUGUUGUUUUUUUAAUCCUGAGCGUGAAGUAAAGUACCUAAUACAUAGAAGAUGCUCUAAGAAAUGUCUGGUGAAUGACUUGAAAAGUAGAGAAUCUAGUUAGGGGAAAGAGCAAUUGAGAGGAUAAAAAUAAAACCAAUUCAGGAAUAACCGGACAACAAAACAAUACAAUGAAAAAGAAUAGCUCUUCCUCUUAAAGUUGAAAUACAAGAGAAUGAAAGGAAAAGCGACUUUGAUUUCUUUAGUCACCAGUAAAGAACUCUGCCCUCAGUCCUCCUAUGUUAUCAUCAUCUGAACUAAGGAGAGCAUUUCUCUCUAAGCAAAUGAAAUUAUUACCAACUGAUGAUUUUGACACUGCCCUAAAUGGAGCUCAUGAACCUGAAAGUUAAUUGCCUCCAGCUUAGAUUGGCUCAAGGUGUGGUCUUUGGGAGGAAAAGCAAUUUUUUCAGUCUCUUGAAACUAGAAGUGGUUUUAUGAUCCAAUGAAGAAUUUAAAAAGCAAAAUUAAAUGAGUGGGAACUAUUGAGUCAUUUUCUAUUUCUGCUCUCUAAUCACAUCUUUCUUCUCACUGGAUCGUCAACAAUAUUUGUUGAUGAUGCACUGGGGCAAAGCCCUAAACUAGGUGGCCUGUUGAGAUGGUCUGCGUUUAAGAAGGAUCUAGCUUUGCAGUGAUGCCGGUUUGGGGGAAGGCAAUCAAAAGGACAAUGAAAUAUUAUUCCCCUUUUAGAAGUUUAUGAAUCAGCUUCGUGUCAAAGCAAUAUCACAAUCACAAGUGCUGGAUGACGCAACCCCUGGCACACAGGAAUACAUUAUGUUACGGCAAGAUUCCAUCCAAUCAGCGGAAUUAAAGAAAAAAGAGUCCCCCUUUCGUGCUAAGUGUCACGAAAUCUUCUGCUGCCCACUGAAGCAAGUGCACCUCAAAGAGAACACAGAGCCGGAAGAGCCCCAACUAAAGGGUAUAGUGACAAAGCUAUACAGCAGGCAAGGAUACCACCUGCAGCUGCAGGCAGAUGGAACAGUUGAUGGGACAAAAGAGGAAGACAGUACCUACACACUGUUCAACCUCAUACCUGUGGGGUUACGAGUGGUGGCCAUCCAAGGAGUUCAAACGAAAUUAUACCUGGCAAUGAACAGCGAGGGAUACCUUUACCCAUCGGAACAUUUCACCCCUGAAUGCAAGUUCAAAGAAUCGGUGUUUGAGAAUUAUUAUGUGACAUAUUCAUCAAUGAUAUACAGACAGCAGCAGUCGGGCAGAGGAUGGUACUUGGGCCUUAACAAAGAAGGAGAAAUAAUGAAAGGAAACCAUGUGAAGAAAAACAAGCCAGCAGCACAUUUCCUUCCCAAGCCGCUGAAAGUUGCCAUGUACAAAGAACCAUCCCUUCAUGAUCUCACUGAAUUCUCCAGAUCUGGAAGUGGCACGCCCACCAAAAGCCGCAGCGUCUCCGGAGUGUUAAAUGGAGGUGGCAAGUCCAUGAGUCCAAAUGAAUCGACGUAGCCAGGUUAAGGCAAGUCCAAGUGCUCUAUACUGGAACCUUACCUCCGGAUGCAGUUGAAUUCUUAAUGGCGGUCUUUCAUCCAAAUGGCCAAUUUUAGAAUAAAACCCACCAGAUCAGCAUAGGUUUCCCCCACCUCCCUUUCCUUUUUAACAGCUCCUGUAUCUACUGGCUAGCAGUGGAUAUAGCUCAGUAAUGUAGAAUGUGAUGUGCUCGUGCAUAUCACAAGGCCCAGGUUAGCCAACAAAACCCAGUCUUGGGGGAAAAAAUUGGACAGUCAAUCUCCAAAUCCCCUUUCCCCACAGCCUCUCCUCCCAUCCCCUUCCCCUGGGGUCACCUAUGCUUGGUGGAUAACCAAACCAAACAACACUUAACAGCACACACUGCUGAUAUGAAUUUGCUUUGUAACCAAGGGGGAAAAAAGACCAUUUUUAUUCUUCGAGGGGAAUCUCAAAACUUUCCACUUUUAUUGGGUCAAACCAGUCAAUCCAACCAUCAAUCAGUUUUCUGUCUUUUUUCUUUGCUUACUGUUUUAUAUCUAAGCUUGAUAAAACUCUUUCUUUCAUUUAGAAUAGCGCAACCUUUUUGUUUUUUAAUUUCCAAAUUCAAAUGGUUCUCUCGCUCUGCGUCUUUCAAUCAAUCAAACUCUACUUCAGGGUUGGAACUGAGUCGGCAUCUCAGGCUUAAGUUUUCCGUGGUGAUUUUGACACAUGAUGAUCAAUACAUUUUUAUAGGUUUGUUUAGCCCCCUGGUCAAGUUUUUGUGUUGACCCUCAUGUGUAGAAAUCUCGUCACCCCCUGGUCAGUGGAAGAUAACAUUAAGGUUAACAGCAAUCCGCCAGUGUAGACAUAUGUAAACAUGUGCAGAACAAUUACCGUGGCUUCUAUUCUAAAGACAGGAACUGUGGAAUGAAGUGAUGUCUUUUAUUGUGUUGUCGUGGUGGUGUUGUUGUCGUUGUUUCCUUUUGAUGAGAACUGUCUUACUUGUAGAAGUCCUCCUGUCAAUGUAUUGGACCUAUGAAUAUUGUGUCUAUGGCAAUGUUAGGACAGGUUAGCUCUCAAAUGCAUAUACUUAUACUGCUACUGGAAAAGUGUUGCCAUUAGUUAGAUGUCCAUUUAGCUCACCCUAUCUGUUGCAUGGGAGAAAGUGGGAGUCUUGGCAUCGAGUUGCAUGACGUGUCUGAUUUAUGUGUAUUAAUCCUUGUUGAAUCUUGUGCUCCCAACCUGGGCGGAGCACCUCUAGACAGGCUGCUGUCUGUCUUGUACAAAAGAGGCAUGUGUUCUAUCCCAUAUAUAUAUAUAUAUAUAGACAUAUUUAUACACAUGCUCUGAAUCAGCUGUUUCUCUUAAGAUAUCCAUUUCGAAACAGCUAGUUAACUGAGCAAAUGCUCUAUUUGGAUUCUAGGUUGGAAACUAGUCUGUAACCACAUUUGGAGUUUUAGUCAUGGAAGGCAAGGGAGAAGGAGAUCAUUCCCCCCUUUGCGAAUCGAUAUAAAGCACUUCUUUCCUGCCAACAGCUCCUGCUGUGAGAAGGGAAGAUGGGAAAUAGCGAAGGAGCUGGAAUGGACAUGUAGAUGACAAGCUUUCCGGGGCUCCACAGAGGCCCGAGCAGUGUGCCCCUGCAGGCAUGUUAGGGAGGGAGCCGAAUCCCAGUGCCUCCUGGCCUGUGGUUGCCACCCCUACACACUUAGCUCCCUUCGCAGGUUUGCCAGCUGGCUAACCUGCACCAUCAUCCUGGAGCGCUCCGUCUCCUUGAGCUUGGCCUAGAGGCCCAGAGAGGGGCUCUUUGGGACAGCCCGGCAAACUUAAACCACUGCUGGCUGAAGUGAGUUGGAGCUGAUCUGCCAGCUCUGCGACACUUUUCAAACCCGCCAGUGGGUACACAGCCCUGCUUCGGUUUCUUCCUGGUUCAGCUGGGUUGAGGGAAGUAGCUUGCUUCCUCUCCCCACAGAGCAGGAAUUUGAAGGCCCAAGCCACCUAGCCUCUGCUAGUCAGUCCUCUGCUGCCCCCUCAGUCAGCAAGCACUAGUUCUGAGGGAAGCUUGAGUGUGAAGGUUUGAGGAAGCCAGGCAUUCUUCUGGCUCAGUGCAAGGCUUGUAAUACAGAAUCCCCAGCCCUUUCCAGAGGUCACAGUGCUGAAGCUUGACUGCUGGCUUAUUACCAAGGUUUCCAAAACUCUCGACCAACACACUGUGGGCACGCGCAUGCACGCACGCACACACACACACACACACACACACACACACGCAGAGUCAGUCUCCAACAUCACAGUCUUCAUCUGCUUUCAUCAUCACCAUCCCCACAUAGUGAUCCUCUUCAUGUGCAUGGUACUGUCUUAAGCACUGUACAAAAGAGUAAAAACAACAACAACAACCCCAUUGCUUCCCUCAAGCAGCUUCCACAUCUAUGAAGACAACACAAAUGUCCAGAAUUCGGGCUCUUUUUCAUUCACUCCUGUGGUUCCUUAGUUGUGUUUACGCCAUGUGAGAAUGCACAGCUCAUCACCAGUGAGACCUAGAAGGAUGCUGCAGGAUCGGAAGGAGGGAGGAGGAGGAGGAGGAGGAGGAGGAGGAGGGCACAUCUGGGAAGGACGAGUGGUUUUUCAUAACUACUUACUCAGUCCAGAAGAGCUUUUGCGACCACCCCUACCCCCUCAGCCCAAGACCAUAGUCCCACCAUUUGCUUUGGUGAAUUUUCUUAGAAAGGGUGCUCCGAAUUCAAACACCCUUAGCCCAAAGUUUCCAAAACUUUCCAAGCAUUCAUUCUUCAAAAACUCAAAUAUGAAAUUUAGUUGCCAGCCAUUUGUGCUAGUUGUUCAUUGGUACGAGAAGGGGGAUGACACAUAGGGGUGUGUGUCUCCAAGUUAUUGAGAUCUUGGAACCCAACUAGAUCAGUCUGGUUGGAUAGUCUUAGAGAGCAAGAAACCCUGGGGAAAAGGACGUAAAGAAACAAGAGGUCAAAUGGCAUUCCUGAAAAUUGGUUCCCAUUUUGAAUGAAUCAAUUCUGGGCUUUCUUGCCUUCAGAGAUCAAUUGUGCUAGAGUUUGGUCAGCAGAAAACCUUUCCCACAUCCCCACCAUUUUGCUUCUGUAAUUGUCAGUUUCAUUUACAGAAACAAGUAGCUCACCAAGGAAAUGCUUGGACAUUUGCAGCCCCAAUACGUAAACAUAUUUACAACCCACAAUUUUGUGCAUUAGUGACCAUGAUUCCAUCCACAAAGAGCAAGCUCUCGUGAUCUGUCUUGCCUAGCUUCACUCUCCUAGAAAGAAACAUCUGGCUGCCAUACUGGAUGCUUGUCCAAAGCCCACAGUGUGCCCCUGUCCAACAUAACUCCCUUCAAGUUAUGCUGGACACUCUCUAGCCCAUGCUGUAUUAACAAGAGAUGUUUCUAAUUGCUGACUGCUCCCCUGGCGUUGAUGAAGAUACACCCAACCCUGCUGAAGUAGUGUUUUGAUGUUAAAUAUUUCAUUAUCUAUCACAACUGGUCUUUUUCCCUAAUGUGUUAUUACUUUGUAGAACUUUGUUCGAACCUGUAAAAAUAACGUGGAAGUGAUAACCUGAUAAAUGUAUGUCUUGCUAUAUGGUGUUGGUUUCUUUAGGACAAAAUGAAUCAGCCCUUAUGCUGACUUCAAAGGAAUGCUUAAUGUUCUUGAUUUUUCUUGUCUCCUAUAUUCUAAUAAAGCACCCAGAAGAGUACACUAUAUUGUAUGGAUUAUUCCGACUUCUCUUUUGAGUGUGUUCUGAGGAGGUUUGUAACAUCUGUGUUCUGUCAUGGUGCAGUAAGGUUCUCAACAACAUCCAACCUGGACCCGGUUUUCAAUCUCUGGCAUCCAAACCCACUCUCCAAACUCCCAUCUGGUUUCUCUUCUUGCACCCCAGCUGAAACAGACAGAUCCUCCACACUCACUGAAUGCCCUGCCCCUCCUCCCAGGGCUCAGGGGAUGCUCAAGAUCUUUGGGAAUGCCGCCAAAUGUUUGGCCAGAGGACCAGCCCAAAGGGAGCAGUGGAUGGUCAAGUAGAGAAAAGAGCUCCCUGACCUGUUGAAACGUCCUGCCCUCUCUAAUAAUCCUGUACUCUGAGGUGUCCAGUAUUGGAAAAGGGCGACUGCAUGUGCCCACACCAUGUCUCUUUGGUCAUGUAAAUAGUUGUGUGUACUCUUGUAAGAACUUGUUUUCAAUUCUGUAAUGUUAUCAAAUACAGUAAGAAAUAAAACACAUCCAGGCUAGGAGAAAGCUCCACUGUUGUUGGUUAAUGGCCUGACCGGUUGGCUCUCAGUGUAUUACUUUCUAAUGUCCAUGUUGCACAGUGAGUAACAGCAGCCUGAAUAAAGCAUUCAUUCAAAGACAA